AUGAACCAUCCCAAGCUUGAUUAUCUUAAACAGUUUGUGAAGCCAAACGAUCCAAAGGAGGAAUAUAAAAUAUUAGCUCCCAUCGGUAGUGGAACCUAUGGCGAUGUCUUCAAGGCAGUUCAUCGUGAGAAGCGUACAUUGGCAGCAGUUAAGGUUAUGAAAAUUGAUCUUAAAGAUGAUAUACGAUCAAUUUGUCAAGAAAUACAUACUUUAAGAGAAUGUAGACAUCCGAAUAUUGUACAAUUCUAUGGUAGUUAUCUUAGGAAUAACAAGUUAUGGAUAUGUAUGGAAUAUUGCGGUGGACAAUCUAUGCAAGAUAUUUAUUUAUAUACUAGACGUCCAUUAGAAGAAGAUUGUAUUGCAUUUGUUUCUAGAGAAACUUUGCAAGGUUUAAACUUUAUGCAUAAUCGUGGACGUAUUCACAGAGAUAUUAAGGGUGCUAAUAUUCUUUUAACAGAUGAUGGGCAUGUUAAAGUCGCUGAUUUCGGUGUAGCUGCUCAACUGAGUACUUCAAUUGCCAAACGAACAACUUUAAUUGGAACACCUUACUGGAUGGCACCUGAGGUAGCUUCAAUUGAAUCACGUGGAUCUGGUUAUGAUGGAAGAUGUGAUAUUUGGGGUGUUGGUAUUACUGCGAUUGAAUAUGCUGAAUUACAACCGCCAAUGUUUGAUCUAGAUCCAAGGAAAGCACUACAAAUUCUUGGAUCACGAAACUACAAACCUCCUUCUUUACAGGAUCGUCAUAAAUGGUCUCCAUUAUUCCAUUCAUUUGUCAAAUGUUGUUUAAUUAAAAGUGAACGAAGGAGACCUGAUGCAGCUACAAUGUUAACUCAUAAUUUUGUCAGUAAUCCACAUUUAUCUACACUGUUAACUCAACGUCUCCUAUGUUAUCGACGACAAUUAGACUUAUCAUCUAAAAAUGCUUAUUCUCAAAAUGAUACAGGCAUAUCUAUAACACCUUAUAAAAAGAUAUCUUCACCAGUAGGGAAUUUUAUUCCAACUAAUAAUCAUACACCUGGAAAUAUUGUACCUAUUAUAUCAAAUGCUCAUAUACCUACUAUAGAAGAGAAAAAUGAUAUUGAUAAAUCACCAAUUAUGAAUAAUCUUGGUGUUAGUUGUGAAAUUGAUGUUAAUAGUCCUCCUAUGCAUUUUGUUACAUCACAAAAACUUAUCCUUGAAAGAAAACCUGAUAUAUUUCCCAAUAUACAAAUUCACAAUAGUUUAUCAUGUUCUGAAUUAACCAAUAUGACUGAUAAUGAUUUACUUCGUGAAGUAAUGGAUGCAUUUGAUAAACGACGUAGUGGUGUUGACUUCCGUGGAUCUGAAUCUUUUGAUUGUUUGGAUAUCAGUCAAGCAGAUGGGGAAGUUAAGCUAAAUAAUGAACCACAAGAUAAUGUUACAAUAACACCUCCACCUAUUCCUCCUGCACCUCGUACACGUUCAAAAAGACGUGCUCCACCACCACCACCACUACAAUCAUCAUCAUCAUCAUCAUCAUCUGCUUUUGUUAACACUGGCAUUUCACAUUCAUCAAUGGAUCAUAUUAUUGAUUUAUCGACAUUAGAAUUAGGUAAUGAUAUCUUAAAAACAGAUAAUCUAUUCAUGAAUGGAAUUUCUACUCCAAUACAUGAAAAUCAUAUUGAUGAGAAAUCGGAUAAAAUCACCUUAAAUUAUAAUAUAACAAUAAUACGUGAAGAUUUAAUUAAUAAUGAACAAGAUAAAAAGUAUAAUAGCUCAGUUAGUAUAGAUCAUAAUAGUCAAUCUUCUAUACAUGAAAAUAAUGAAAGAACAUUGACACCAGCACCACCACGACCACCACCGCCUAAAGUUGAUAAUCAUAUUCCACCUUUAACAUCAAUAUCACUUUGGAAAGCUAAACAAAAAGAUGAUUCUAAGCAUGUUUCACGUCAACAUCAAUUAGAAAUUGGUAUUGGUCUUCCGCCUACACCAAAAGUUCAUAUGGGCGCUUGUUUUAUGCAAAUAUUUGAAGGUUGUCCACUGAAAGUGAACUCGACUGCUACUUGGGUGAAUCCAGAAACUCUAAGUCAAAUUAUUCUUUUUGGCACAAACGAUGGUAUUUACUAUCUUGAUUUAGUAAAUUUAGCCGAUGGCACAUUAGAAUUACUUGUCCCAAGACGUUGUCUUUGGUUAUUUGUAUUCAAAGAUACAAUGAUGUCGAUAUCAGGUCAACAUCCACAAUUGUUUAGCCAUAAUUUAAUUUCAUUGAUGAAAGGUCGGACAGCACAAACACGAUUUCUUCAUAAGCGUUUUCAGCCAACAGUCAAAGUACCAGAUACCCGUGGAUGUUGCAUAGCUAGUGUAGUACGUAAUCAAUGUAAAGGGAUGAAGAAUACAUUUAUUGAAGUGAAACGAGUUGAAGUACCGUGUAUGCCUAAUCCAGUAUUGAAUUUUGAUUUGAUUAUCAAUCCAGAUCAAAAUCUACCUAUUGUAUGCUUAGGUGUAUCAUCUACACCUGAUCCACUUGUUUAUAAGUUACAUCUUGUCAAUUUAAAUGAAGAGUCGAACUCUUCUUGGUAUUCAAAUCCUUGUCAAUCUGAAGAUCAACUACAAGUGAUUAAAGUUGUACAGUUGGAUACACGUUCAUUGUUAAUUUGUUUCCCAACUCAUGCUACAAUGGUCAAUAUGAAUGGACGUGUACUGGUUAGUAAAGAUGGGCGAAUAGCCAAAUUUCCAUUCGAUACAACAGUUGACUCUAUUGUUCGAUUACCUGAUAGUGUACUCGCUUUCCAUACACAUGGUUUAAGAGGAAUCGAUUUUACUGGCAAAAUCACACAAGAUAUUGAUGAUGAUAAGCAUGUUUACCGACUACUUGGUAGUGAUAGAAAUAUUGUUGUAGAGAGUAGACCAAGUGAUGAUCCUAUGUCUAAUUCAAAUCUUCUCAUCCUUGUUGGACAUGAAGAUCUACGCUGA